UGGACGUGGGGGGGAGUAGUCACUGGGGUCCAUUUCACCCUGUAUACACUUAAAGGGGAUGUCCACUGAGUCACUAUCCACGGUGUACAUCCAUUAUUCAGAGCUGAAAUCUCCCAGCAUUCCAUGUUUGUUCAGUGUCUGCAAAGAAUUCUUAUUGUAUUAUGGGAAAUGUAGUUAUUAUAUCAGAUAUAUUCUGUGUGUCCCAACAAGGGUGCCUCCAGCUGUUGCAAAACUACAACUCCCAGCAUGCCUGGACAUGGUAGAAAUAAAUCGGCAGAAUUGUGAUUACAGCUCUGGAAUAUAAUCAGGAUCAAUAUUCUUAUUUACAUGGUGACUCUUCUUCUUAUAUAGAUAUAUUCUGUGUGUCCCAACAAGGGUGCCUCCAGCUGUUGUUAAACUACAACUCCCAGCAUAGGCAGACAUGGCAGAAACAAAGCGACAGAACUGUGAUUACAGCUAAGGACUAUAAUCUGGAUCAUUAUAUUUAUUUACAUGGUGACUCUACUUCUUUAUAUAGAUUAAUUCUGUAUUUCCCAACCAGGGGGCCUCCAGCUGUUGCAAAACUACAACUCCCAGCAUACCCGGACAUGGUAGAGACAAAGCAUCAGAACUGUGAUUACAGCUCUGGACUAUGAUCAGGAUCAUUAUACAUAUUUACAUGCUCAGAUAAUGUCUCCUACGUCACUGGCGUCGACUCUGCCCUGGGAAAAGCCGAAGCAUAUCUGUCAUUCCAUUCUACUGUGACAAGUGGAAGCAGAGGAAGCGAGAGCCCCGGGCGCUGCCAGCCACUACUCUCCCCAUCAUCCUCGCACAUCCCUGCAGACAUGUCCGGAGGGAUAUUCUCCCCUCUAGAGAAUCUACAUGACCUGGAUAAGGCCACGUGUCACCCUCUGGCCUGUUUCCUGUGCCACGAGCAGUAUGAGCACCCGUGCCUGCUGGACUGUUACCACAACUUCUGUGCCAACUGCCUCCGCGGUCGGGCCGUAGACAACCGGCUCACGUGUCCUCUGUGUGGGCACCAGUCUAUAGUGAAAGGAAACAAUGCGCUGCCCCCGGUGGACAGAUUAUUGAAGUUCCUCGUGGACAGCUCAGCCGACACUGGAGAGAUCGUACAAUGUGCUAACUGUGACCUGGAGAGCAAGAGGCAGGACGGGGAUAUGAUGUAUUUCUGCAACACCUGCAGCCAGCCCCUGUGCACGAAGUGCAGAGAUGAGACCCAUAUAGCCAAAAUGUUCUCCUGCCAUGAGAUCGUGCCCCUGAGUAAGCGAGUGAAGGACAUUCACAAGAAAUGUGCCUUACACGAGGAGCCCUACAUAAUGUUCUCUACAGAGAAGAAAUCUAUGCUGUGCAUCAACUGCUUCCGGGAUAUGCAAGUGGAAAAUCGGGCUCACUGCAUCGAUAUUGAGACAGCCUAUAUGCAAGGGUGUGAGAAGCUGGAUCAAGCUGUCAUGACAGUGAAGGAGCUGCAGACGUCCACCCGGGAGGCAAUCAUCCUCCUGAAGGCCAUGAUUGAGGAGGUGCGGAACAGCGCAGACGAGGAGGAGACGUCCAUCAAUACUCUGUUCAGCAGCAUGCAGGAGAAGCUGGCCGAGCGGAAAAAGAUCCUUCUGAAAGCCGUGCAGUGCCAAUAUGAUGAGAAGGAAAAGGCCUUUAAAGAUCAACUCUCCCACCUGGCCUCCCUCCUGCCCACCCUGCAGGUCCAUCUGGUCACAUGCUCUGCGUUCCUCAGCUCCGCUAACAAGUCUGAGUUCUUGGACCUUGGCUAUCAACUCAUGGAACGUCUGCAGAAAAUUGUAAAACUUCCUCACCGUUUGCGCCCGUCGCAGAGCAGUAAGAUCAACACGGACUACGCAGCCGAGUUCGCCCGGUGUCUUGAGCCGCUGCUGAUGUUCAACCUUCGCCGCGCCGGCAGUGUGAGCGCCACAUGUGGGGCCCCGGGACACGGAAACGGAUGCCUCCAAUGCUCCAAGGCUCUAGUAAUGCCCGGAUGUACCUCCUCCUGCGACAAGAUGUCCAUCACUGGGACCAUCGUCCGUAAACCCACCAUGCACCGAUACAUCAGCACCAAAGUCCUGCUGGCGGAAGGAGAGGACAACCCCUUUACUAAACAUUGUCGCAGUUUCGAAGAAAUGUACAGGACAAUCCAGCUGGAGAUCCAGAACCUGAAGGACCAAGUCCAGGAACUGCACCGAGACCUCACCAAACACCAUUCUCUUAUUAAGACAGACACAAUGAGCGACAUCAUCCAGAAGUCUCUGCAGGUGGAUGUUCAGAUCGCCUCCGAGUAUUCAUCGGUAGAAAUGAUGAGGGCGGCAUUCGAAGAGAUAUGGGAGGAAACAUAUCAGAGGGUUGCAAAUGAGCAGGAAAUUUAUGAAGCUCAACUACACGACCUCCAGCAACUAAAACAAGAAAACGGCUACUUAACCACCAUCGCCAAGCAGAUUGCGCCGUAUGUACGAUCCAUCGCCAAAGUUAAAGAGCGUCUGGAGCCCAGACUGAAAGAGCCGAAAGAGCAGAAGGACGACGUGUCAGAGAAGAUAUAUGAGGAUUCUUCAUGGAUGGAGCUACACAGCAGGAACGACUGUUCAGAAGAACAACACGAAAAACCUCCGGAGCCGAAAUCGAGUGAAGACGCUUUGUUAAAAAGCAAAGAAUACUAUAGGCUGAAGCAGAACGCGCCAAACUGGAAAGGGUUAAGCACAUGAGGGGUUACGCCAUACUUUACAGUGCAGCAUCGGUGUAACGUUACUGGAUCACUAACUGCGGUUUUCAUUGUGCCAAGCGGAGAUCUCGGGGCCCCUGAGUGCACAUAUUUUAAAUUACUGACCAGUAAGGGACUAAUACUCUGGACCUCCAG